CGCACGAGAGAUUGGGAGCACACGUGGUCGGCAUCGACGGAGGAGAGAGGGUCGUUUGGAGGGGAGAUCGACGGCUGGGAUGGCCUCAUUUAGGUGGAGGGGAAGCCCGCUAGCUAGCGAGCUGACGUACGUCGGCGGACCUGCCCCCGUCACGGGACGACGCUUCUUCUUCUUCUCCUUUCUGCUUCUUCGUAGGGGAAGGCAGGAAGGAAAGGCAAAGCUUAGCUUCCUCUUGAAUUCUCUCUCCGCGCCGAACAUGGUUUCUGUAGGGUGUAGGCUCAUGGGAUUGCUCGCGAACGUCCUUUAUGAGCGCUCUAGGGUUCUCGGUCGUGUCUUUGUUCUGGUGUUCUAGCAUCGGUCUGGCCGGAAGUCGGUGCCGUUUUUGGAGCGGUCUGUUUCGGUGUCGAAGUGUGCAGAAGAAGAAGAAGAAGAGGGUGGUGGAGCAAGAGAGAGAGAGGGAGGAGGAAGGCGAGUGCUUUUGCUUUGGUACUUCUGUUUUCGAUGGCGGAGAUCUGGUGCGGGGUGGUGAGCGAGACCGAGACGGACCCGACGUGUAAGCCGAGCUCCAGGGCCGCGAGGCGGCGGAGGAUGGAGAUCCGGCGGUUCAAGUUCGUCGGCGGCGGCGGGGCCGGCGGCGUCGUCGCGGCGCACCCUCGAGGCGGCGAGGCGGCGGGCGGGCGGAAACGGAGGAGGCCGCUCGACGCCGCCGGAGGAUCUUGCUCCGAUGAGCAGAGACGCGUCGGUGGUGAGUUGGGCGGCGGGAGUUGGGGGCGCAAGGCUGCGUCGAUCAGCGACGAUUCGCUGAGCCUGAUUAGAGUGGCGGCGAUGACGACGGCUCUGAGCAGGACGCUGUCGAGCCCGGCCGCUCUGGAGCUCCCGAAGGAGUAUCCGAAGUUUGGAGUCUCGUCCGUCUGUGGGAGGAGGAGGGAGAUGGAAGACAUGGUCGCCGUCCACCCUUCCUUUUGCCGCCGGCGCGGCGAGACCACCACCGAGCUGCAUUAUUUCGGUGUCUACGACGGACAUGGUUGCUCUCAUGUGGCAGUGCGUUGUAGAGAGAGGAUGCACGAGCUGAUAAGGGAGGAGCUGGUGGUGACGAACAAGGAGGGCGGCGGCGCGGCUCCGACGGAGUGGCGGGCGGCGAUGGAGAGGAGCUUUCAAAAGAUGGACAAGGAGGCGAUCGCGUUCAACGAGAGCGCGGCCGCGGCGGCGCACGAGAGGUGCAGGUGCGAGCUGCAGUCGCCGGAGUGCGAGGCGGUCGGGUCGACGGCCGUCGUCGCCAUCGUCACCCCGGACAAGAUCAUCGUCGCCAACUGCGGCGACUCCAGGGCCGUGCUCUCGCGCAAGGGCAAGGCGAUUCCUCUCUCCUCCGAUCACAAGCCGGAUAGGCCGGACGAGCUGAAUCGGAUCCAGGAAGCGGGCGGUCGGGUCAUCUACUGGGACGGGCCUCGGGUCCUCGGAGUUCUCGCAAUGUCGAGAGCCAUCGGUGAUAAUUAUCUGAAGCCGUACGUGAGCUGCGACCCGGAGGUGACGGUGAUGGAGCGGACGGCGGACGACGAGUGCCUGAUCCUCGCGAGCGACGGGCUGUGGGACGUGGUCUCCAACGACACGGCGUGCGGGGUGGCGCGCAUGUGCCUGAGGGGGAAGAUCCGCCCACCGCCGGAGGACGCGGGGGCUGCGGCCGAGCCGGCGCCCCCCGCGGGGAUGGUGGGCGGGGAGAGGAGGUCGGACAGGGCGUGCUCGGACGCGUCGCUGCUGCUGACGAAGCUGGCGCUGGCGAGGCACAGCACGGACAACGUGAGCGUGGUCGUGGUGGAUCUCAGGAGACCUUGGUAGACGCUAGCACGUAGGGGCUCAAGCUCUUCUCUAUUUUUAUUUUUUAUUUUAUCCCUUAUUUUCUCUUUCCGUAGUUUUUAUGCAAAAAUUAAUUCCGAGAUCGAAAUUUGUUAAUUGAAAGGGGAACAGAAUGUAAGUGCUCAUCUGUAAUUUUGCCGGGUUGAUUUCCGCAUACGAACUGCUGCGACAUUAAACAUCUCCUGAGCAAAUGAUGGAAAUGAACUGACCUUUGGGAAUUACGAAA